AUGGUCGUGGACGAUGAACCCCACAUCGUGCGCUUCACCGCCAUGAACCUGGAAGUCGAAGGCUACAACGUCGUAACCGCCGCGAAUGGAGCCCAGGCGCUUGAAACGCUGGACAACGGCGAUCCCGUCGAUCUGGUGGUUCUCGACGUCAUGAUGCCAGAGAUGGACGGGUUUGAAACCCUCCGGCGCAUCCGGUCCGGUUCGUCGGUGCCGGUCAUAUUCGUGACAGUUCGGGGAGACGAGUCCGACCGCGUGGCUGGUUUGGACUUGGGAGCCGACGACUACAUCACCAAGCCUUUCAGCCCCAGGGAACUGGCCUCACGGAUUCGGGCCCUGUUUCGCCGUAUCGAGGCGACCGAGCCGCCCCGUCUCCAGCAAGUGAUCGUCGACGACUGGCUGACCAUCGAUUUCGACCAGAGCCGGGUGCUGGCCGGCGGUCAGGAGAUGCACCUCCGUCCCACCGAAUAUCGCCUGCUUUACCAGAUGGUCAGCAACGCCGGGCAGCUUCUCACCCACGACACGCUCCUGGAACGGGUGUGGGGCCCGGAGUAUCGUGGAGAGCACCAGUACGUGCGAACCUACGUCACCUACCUCCGGCAAAAGCUGGAGCGCGACCCCCGCAAACCCGAAUACAUCCUCUCCGAGCGCGGUCUCGGCUACCGUUUCCGCGACCUCGGUCGCUGA